AGUGGACAGACUACAUGAGUGUUUAAGAGGAGCUGCAGUGCGGUACGUCUGCUCAUUACCAGAACGCACAAGGGAAGAUUAUGUUCUGCUGGUGGAGCAACUCGCUCAACGCUUUGGAAAAAAAGACCCCCCAACCACCAUAAGGAGGAAGCUUGGAGAACUCAGACAAGGGCGAGAAACAUCAGCUGAGUUCGCAGAGGAGGUGAGACGCCUUGUCACACUUGCGUAUUCAGGAGUAGACCUCCAAUUACAGGACCAGCUAGCAACUGAUGCUUUCCUCAAAGGCUUACGAAACCAAAAGGUGGCCUAUGAAGUAAUGAAUCGUGAUCCAAGUUCCCUUGUUGAGGCCCAAAAGUUGGUGGAGGCCCAUGAGCAUAACUUCAAAGCUACUGUAGGCCGUGACACUGAGAUAAAGAACAGAGCAAGACGCAUCUCGUGGGUUGACGAAGAAGACAGGUGUGAAGACACUGCUACAGUGUCCCGCAGGGUCCAGACCCCCCAGUAUGUUACAUCUGACCAGUUUGCUGCAUUAAUGGAACAAGUUAAGACUCUUGUUAACACGGUUGGAAAUCUACAGCUGCAGGUUGAAAGUCUCCAGCCUGGCAACACAAGAGCCCAACAGCCAAAAGCAGCCCAGAGCUUUGUACCAGAAAGAAAGCAAAGUUAUCAACAGGUGCAAAACACCAGAGGGCGCUCUCAAACACCAAGCCCAAAUCGUGGAGCAGCUGGCCCAUGUUUUAAAUGUGGAGAGACAGGACAUUUCAGAAAGGACUGUGUUAGGCCACCCAGCCCUGUGGCUGCAUGUAAUCAUAAUGAAAAGCCUACAGACCACAUGCUGCAGUCAGAUGGAGCCCCUAUCACAGAUCCCCAAUUACAAGGGCGGCAGAUUGGCUGCACCAAGAAGAGAGGUGAGAGUUUACAAGUUCCUCUGAUCAUAAAUGGCAUUUCAACACAAGCCGUGGCAGACACCGGAGCUCAAACAACUGUGAUAUCGGAAGAGCUAUACCAAAGUCUCCUGGAGAACAAAACAGCACCUGUAGACCUUCACCAGACCUACCUACUGAAUGCAGGAGUUGGAGAUGGCAUGAAAGCCAAACAUGGACUCACAGUGACCUUUCAAAUCGGAUCAAAGUCUUUCAACUGGGAUGUGCAUGUUGCUCCAAUAAGAGACUCUGUUCUCCUAGGAUUGGAUCUGAUGAAAGCCCAUGAUGUUGUCAUCUAUACACGUGGAAAGGUUUUUAUUGGAAGUGAACAGGUGCCCUCAAAAAUUGUGCGUGACAAUGGUUCAGACUACUGUGUAGCUAGAGUGACUCUUGGGGAAACCAUCAUCAUACCAGCUUCAUCUGAAUGUGUUGUGUGGGGGGAAGUGGAGGACCCAAAGCCGGAAGUUACAGCUGUGCUAGAGCCUGCAGACAUUGCAGAAAAUGUGGCCCUUGCAAGUGUCGUUGUCACAAUGAAAAAAAAGGUGCCAGUCAGGGUGUGCAAUUUUUCAACCAAGAGAACAGCUUUACCAAAAGGAGCAUGCCUUGGAGUCCUUGUUGAAGCUUUUCCUGAACCCACACUUGAACCGGAGCAAAGCACUGAGCCUAGUUGUGUGAAAGAGAAUGCAUCACCAUUGCUGGUAGGAAGAGUAGCAACAAUCUCUGAUAUUCCCGAGCACCUCCAAGGCUUGGUUGUUGCUACAAGUGAAGCUCUAACUGAAGGACAACAACAGCGGUUUAUUCAACUACUACUCUCAUACCAGUCCAUCUUUGCUAAAAGUGAGACUGAUCUUGGUUACAUGUCUGCUGUGACGCACAAGAUUGACACUGGGUCUGCUAAGCCUGUACGACAACCUGUCAGAAGAACCCCUCUGGGAUUUCAAGGUGAAGAGGAAGCACAUCUUAAAGCUAUGCUGGAAGCCGGAGUAAUCAUGCCAUCAGUUUCUGAAUGGGCUUCUCCAGUGGUCCUGGUACGCAAAAAAGAUGGAGGAGUAAGGUGGUGUGUAGAUUACCGCAGUCUGAAUAGUUUGACUAUCAAGGAUGCUUAUCCGCUACCCCAGAUUGAAGAAUGCCUUGAUGUUGUGGGUGGAGCUACCAUGUUCUCUACCCUUGACCUUCAGUCUGGUUACUGGCAGGUUGCAGUGGACAAUAACGAUCGUGAAAAGACGGCAUUCAUCACCAAAUGGGGCCUUUAUGAAUACACCCGAAUGCCAUUUGGACUCUGUAAUGCUCCAAGUACUUUUCAAAGGGCAAUGGAGCUUGUCCUUAGAGGCCUUCAAUGGGAAACCCUUCUCAUUUACCUGGAUGAUGUCAUUGUCGUUGGAAACGGAGUAGACCAAAGCUUAGAUCGUCUCGAGCAGGUUUUUCAACGGUUUCAGAGCCAUGGGCUCAAGCUAAAGCCAUCAAAAUGUCACCUGCUUCAAGAAGAAGUUCUCUUUCUCGGCCAUAUUGUGAGUGGAGAAGGAGUCAGACCGAAUCCAGCUCUUGUCAAAGAUGUACAGAUGUGGAAAUCCCCUGACAAUCUUCAAGAGUUACAAGCUUUCCUGGGGCUAUGUAACUACUAUCGCAAAUUUGUCCCACGUUUUGCAGAGCUGGCAAACCCCCUUCAUCAUCUUCUCAAAAAGGGGACGGUGUUUGUAUGGACAGAGGAACAUCAGGCUGCUUUUACUAAGCUCAAAGAGAGACUGACUACCGCACCUGUGCUGGGAUAUCCCCGUCCUGAAGGCAAGUUCAUUCUCGAUACUGAUGCCUCCAACAACAGUGUCGGUGCUGUCCUGUCACAGGUCCAGUGGGGAGAAGAGAGAGUUUUGGCCUAUGCCAGCUGUCAGCUUACACCAGCUCAACAAAGGUACUGUGUCACCCGUCGUGAAUUACUCGCUGUUGUGCGUUUCACACGCCAGUUCCGCCACUAUCUUUUAGGAAGAAAGUUCCUACUUCGGACUGACCAUGGCAGUCUCACCUGGCUUUUUCGGUUCAAGUGCCCUGAAGGACAGCUAGCUCGCUGGCUUGAGGAGUUGAGCCAGUACGACUUCCACAUUGAGCAUCGAGCCGUUGUAAAGGCACUCAAUGCUCGCUGUAUGGACACUGCUAAAACGCUGUCUGUGCCAGAGCGAGAGGCCAAAACAACGCAGUGUAUCGACCGCCAGCUGUGUCUGCAACUCACCUGUUGCCGGAGCAAGUAA